AAGGCGCUGCACACCGAAAACAUUCGCAUUACAGGGGGGAGUGACUGUAAAAACUCCGCGCCGAGGGCACAAAUUCUCCUGUGUCUACCCCAUUGCGUAACGUGGCGUUUCUCCAAACUUCUCAUUGUGCUACUGCACCUAAAGAUUGCGACGCCCACCACCGCUGUACUUUGAAACUUUUAGCCGCACUCGACUAAGUGGAGGAUCUCGUCUCUAUAAGCUGAAAUUAUGGCUGAAGUCGUGCAUAUGAUAGACAGUGAGGUCUUCUUGGCCUUUUCAACAUACGCUACCAUCGUCACCCUGAAGAUGAUGCUUAUGUCCCCCUUGACUUCAUACUUUCGCUUGACAAGAAAGGCUUUUGCUAACAUGGAGGACACCAGUUUGGACAUGUCCAAAGAGGACAAGAAGAAACUGGUCAGGGUGGACCCUGAUGUGGAACGUGUGAGAAGAUGCCAUCAGAAUGACCUAGAGAACGUCAUCCCAUUCCUGGUGAUCGGCCUUCUCUACGCCUUGACCGGGCCUCAACUCAGCUCUGCCCUGCUCCACUUCCGGGUCUUUGUGGUCUCCCGCUUCUGUCACUGCGUGGCAUAUCUUGCCCCACUGCCACAGCCAAGUAGGGCUUUAUGCUUUGUGGUGGGCUUGCUAUCCACCUUCUCCAUGUCUUACAGGAUUCUCACCACUGCUCUCUACCUGUAGAGGAUGCCACUGUCACUUAUCCUCACCUGACUUCACUUCAAAUAUCAGAAUCAGAAUAGUGAGUUUACUAACAAAACAAGACAAAACAUCGCGCACCAACACACCGAGGCAGCCGUCCGUGGCGCCAUGAUGGUCUAUUAUGUGUUGCAUAUUCACUAUAGCACCAGUUUAAAAAACAUUGCACGUAAUAUCACUUGCAGUUUUCAUAAUGCUUCUUGACUGAUAUGAACUGACAGCUGGAAUGUGACACUCAAGCAUGAUGAGACGAUGCAGUCGGAAGUCUGUGCACUUGUGUGCCGGAUUAGACUGCAGACUGCUUUUUUCCACAUUUGCCAAUAUCAUUUCAUUUCAAUUAAUUUAAUUUCAUCGUCUUUCAUUUCAUUGUCUUUCAUUGUCUUUCAUUACAUUUAAUGUCAUUCAUUCAUUGAAGUCAGCUUGAUCAAUUCAGGUUGGUUUUCUGACAAAUUGGUCUACUUGGAUCAGUGUGAUGGAUUGAUCCGCACUGCAAUGAGGACACACUAUAUCUAUGAAGGUCCAGAAUUUUCUAUGGAAUGUAUAAAGAAAUAAACACACAAAAACAAAUAAAAAGAAUCUGCAGUCUA